AUGUCGCACAAACUAUCGUCAAAAGAACCCGAACUUCUACAAGUGCCUGUCACACACAAUCUGCCCUUAAAGCCAUCCUCCGACGAUUAUGACUCCGACUUUUCAGACACCUAUGAUGUGGACGAUCCUGAUGAUUUGGAAGAAGAAGAGAAGGCAUUGGUCACCGCAUACCUACAUGACCCUCCAGCUCUGCAUAUCCGACGGACGUUGGACCAGUACUAUUACCAUAUGCUUGACAACACGAAAGAGCGCGACAUCGACCAGGUCGUGUCUCGAUGGGCACAAAACAUGAAGUCCGAGGCUCGGCACAAUAUUCUCAUGGUCGAUCAGCUUUGGCUUUGGUCCACUCAUCAGAAACCGUCUCCAUAUAAAGCUCAAGACAAGGUAUCUGAGAUCCGGACGAACCGUGAGCAGAUGGGUGUGAACAACGGAAGUAAACUGGACGAAGAACCCCAGGAUCACUACGUCAUAUCUUGCUUCCCAAGCAGAACAGGUACGGGUCAGCAUGCCCACCGCGUUAUGGACGAUCUUAGACUACUGGUCUUAGAUCCGACCCAUCGAAAACGACAUCCCAUCCGUAAACCGGAAGAUCUCACUUCACGCAUAUUGGAGACCUGCUGCAGUGUUUUUGAUAGGCUACUAGACGCGGAGCCGCUCCGCUUUUUCCAGAUGUUCGAAGAGAGUGUUGGAACGAUAGACGACAAGGAGAGUCGGCUCUUUCGAUCCUUCCAACGCGGAUCUACACAUCUUAUGCAGCUCAAAGCGACCAACAAGUACUACGAAGAAAGAAAGAAUAAACUUCUCGUCGAUCUUCUCGACAUCCGCGAGGAAGUGAAGCUCUUGGUUGAGAUAAAAGACAUCCUCGAUGAGAUCAACAUCAUUCUCUCAGUACUAGACAUACAACGGACGGUCAUCGAGCAGCGACGGAAGGCGGAAGGGUUCACCUUCUUGGGUUCUUCAGCUGCAGAGGAUCUCAUCAAAGCCGACAUAGAUGACUUCAAGAAGCUUGAAGGUCACAGCCGCACGAUACAAGAGAAGCGAAUGCCUGGGAAGCACGAGAAGCUCGCGAAACCACAGUUGCCGCGAGUAAACAAGGAAAUGUAG